AUGUAAUCAGAAGCAAGAUAAAAGUAAAAGUUAGUCUUUUUGGGAAACUCGUUUGUGGGUAAAACAAGUAUAAUCGAACGAUUUGUAUAAAAUACAUUCGAUCCAAAAUCUCAGCCCACUGUUGGAAUUGAUUUCAUAAGCAAAAAUAUGACUAUUGAUGGAAAAACUAUGCGCUUAUUGUUGUGGGACACUGCUGGAUAAGAGAGAUUUCAUUCAUUGAUUCCUGGAUAUGUCAGAGAUGCUUAAUGCGCUGUUAUCGUUUUUGAUGUCACAUCUAGACAUUCAUUCGAAAGUUUGGAUAGAUGGUUCAAAGAAGUGAAAUAAACAAGAGGCAAUGAAGCUCUCAUUGUCAUUCUAGGAAAUAAAAUAGAUGCAGAAAGAGUGGUCAGUGCAGAUGAAGCUAGGGAAUAUGCCAUCAAAAAAGAUAUCCUCUAUUAUGAAGUGAGUGCCAAGACAGGUAAGGGAAUCGAAGAAGCCAUGGAAUAAAUUUGUUUGGCAUUGCCCACUGAGCACUCUCUACUCAUAACAUAAUCAUAAGUUAAUUAAUCAUAAUUUGAACAGUAAACAGUGGCCUCCAACAGAAAACCCGUUCAUCUAGAUCAGAAUGGACUCAAAUAAUUCUAAUAACCAGCAGCAGUUAAAAAUAAUCAAUGCUGUGCUAAAUCUUAAUGA